AACGGUACCAAAUUUCUUUCCACAUGUAAACAAAAACUAAGAAUAGAAUGACCGGAAGAUCGAAUUUAAAGACAAACCUAAACCUUAACCUUCAUUACCAAUGUCUGCUUCAAUCCUUAUGAGUUCUCAUAGUAUGGCUUUUGCAGCUGCCAUGGCAGUUUCCGGUACAAUAAUUAUCCUCUCGUUUUGUCGUCCAAAACUGACUGCAGUUUCAGUCUCCAAGUUUUCCACCAAGUCUGAUGACCCACAAAAUCUUCGACCUUGUACAUGUUCUGAAGGAAAGAAAAGAAAGAAAAAGAUGAAGAAAAGGGUUCAUUUUGCUGAAGAUGUAGUAGAUCCAGUUGGGAAAGAUUGUUUUGGUCCUUGCGGAUCUCAACAAGAAGAAGUUCGAGGAAUUCCUCCUAAUCGUAUGACUUUGUAUAGUGGAAUUUUACGAGAUCGCAAGCACCGGAUGACUUAUAUUCCGAGUUCAUAAUGCAUCUGAAACUUUACGUCUAAGAUCCAUUUUAUUUUGCGACUCGGGAUUAUAUCACAGUAAAGCCUCACUAGACAAGACAGUAUUUGCACAUUCCAAGUGUAAUCAACUAAUCAUAAUUCCUGUAAAAGUAAUAAGUCGGGUUUUAUAUUUUGGGCUUUGUUUAAAUUAGCUUUGUUUCAGGACUAGCAAUAUAUAAGGCCAUGAAGGUAUUUGGUGAG